ACAGGUGAUAACAGCUGAUUCAUAUGUGACAGGAGACAUUCACACCUGCAAAUCUUAUCUGUAGGUACGCGCUUGGCGCUACGGCGCAUUUGCCAGUAUCAACGGUCUGCGUUUAUCGACUAUCGUGUGUGCUGUGGCAAAUGCGAUUCAUUCACUUCAGACACAAGAAUUUACGUGGUUUUUCCAUAAACGUUGUCAUCCCCAAUCAUGAUGGACGUACAAACCCAGCACAAAGUGACGACUGCCAGCAGCGAUGGUUGUAAGAAUCAAACACCGCCGACCCUUCUUUCGAGUUUAAGAAGCGUCCUUUUUGUAAUCGGAACCGUCGUAAUCGGAUUCGCCGCUUUCUGCAACACACUGACAUGGCAUUUGCAGAGAUUCUGGGGAGCUUCUGGUGAUUUCUGGCAAGCACAAUGGGAUAAAAUCUUAGACAAAUUAGGCGACGAUCCCGUGACGAUCUGGGUUUAUGGAUCGUUGGGGUUAACAUUUUUCGUUUAUUGGUUUUUCGGCGGUAUUUAUACACUUUUAGACAUCACUAAUCGGCCGGCUGCUUUGAGGAAAUACAAAAUACAACCGGGGACAAACGAGCCCGUAAACAGGAAGGAAUUGUGCAAAGUGAUCGCUCAAGUACUGUUCAAUCAGAUCGUUGUCGGGAUUCCUCUAGCGUACGCUAGUUAUUGCUUUAUGGAAUGGCGCGGUUACCCCCCUAUGCGCGAAUUGCCGACCUUCCACUGGGUACUCGUUGAAAUCGCAAUUCUCAUAUUAUGCGAGGAAAUUGGAUUUUAUUACUCGCACAGAUGUUUGCAUAGCCGCUAUCUAUAUAAGUAUAUACAUAAACAGCAUCACGAAUGGACAGCACCUAUAGCUGUAACGUCGUUAUAUUGCCAUCCUUUAGAACAUAUUGGCUCGAACCUAUUACCACCGUUUUUGGGAGUAUUCAUCGUAGGUUCUCACGUGGCUACCGCUUGGCUUUGGUUCUCGCUUGCUAUUCUCUCCACGUUGAAUGCUCACUCCGGUUACCAUUUACCAUUCUUUCCAUCUCCAGAAGCUCAUGAUUUCCAUCAUUUAAAGUUUAAUCAAUGCUUCGGGAUUCUGGGAGUGUUAGACCGAGUCCACGGAACAGAUACGCAAUUUCGUAAUUCUAGAGUUUAUCAACGUCAUGUAAUAAUGCUUAGUCUGGUACCGCCGAGAGAAGCUUUUCCGGACGAAGUAAAGUAUAAGUCUAAAUAAAAAAAAAAAAAUAAGAAAUUUUAACGAACACUAAUAAAUAUGAAAGUUCAGUACGAGCCUUUUAUUAUUCUUGAUCGAGGGCGGUUAACCAAGUAAAUAUAACGGCAAAAUACAUUCAAGGCUGAUAUUUUUCGUAUGGUUACCCGACUCGUCGGUCGAGUACACUUUUCCUAUGUAAAAACUGCAUAUUUUUUUAAUUACUUUAAUUUCGUGUGCAGUUUCCGUUAAUAUGAAUUUAUAUUAUUUAUUAUAUAUUAUAAGAUUAUUAUUAAGCACAUGACCGUUGUUCGUAUGAUACCUUUUGUACAACAACGUAUUGAAUGUGAUUAUAUAAGAGUAUUUUUAACCGGCAUUCUCAGAGUAUAAGGACAGUCAUUCUAAAGUUGUAAUAGAAUAUAUUACGUAUUCUUUUCUUAUUGGAAAUUACAAAAAACGAUCCUUUGAAUAUUAUAAGAGUUUUACCAUAACUUUAAAAGGCGAAUUUUAGAUUAUUAGAAUAUCUUUUUUAUGACAAAAUACACUGUUGAAAACUCUAGAAUUAUAUCGAAUAUUUCAUCUGGGUGUUAUCUUACUAUAUUCAUAAUAUGUAUAGCAAUAUUCUGGAGGCGUCUAGUUGACAAAUUAUGUUUGUAUUGAAAUCAUGACAUUAAGAUGAAACUAUUUAUGACAAUUACUAUUUUUAUAUUCAGUUCUAUAAUAAAAUCAAUGACUUAAUACAAAUUUAGUCUAAGACGGAGUUAUGAUUGUAGCGUUGUAGCAAAGAAACAAUUACUCUAGAUUGUUAUAAAUCAUCGAUGGUUCUGCACUUGAAAAUUUUCAAUUUCCAAAGUAAAUUAAGUUAAAUUACUUGAAAUCUCUAGGUAUAUUAACAUUGGUAAUCAUAUUUUCCUGAAAUUAAAUUUAUACAGGCAUACAAGAGCACGUA